GAAUUAGCACUAGGGACGGGCGCGCGCGCGGGUCCCCAGCACAUCUGGGCGAGAGCGGCGCCGCUGGAACCCAAGGGGCCGCCGAGCGCGGGUCUGGAGCGGCAGAGCCGCCGCGCAUCUGGGACCCCUCGAGGCGCACAGCUGGGACCUCCGGAGGGGGCCGCGCGGCGCUCAGCCGGACCGGGGGAAGGGGGCGGCGGCUGCACAGCUGGACCGAAGGGGGCGGGGUCGGUCCCAGGCGACGGGCAGGAGCCAGGGCCGCGAGUCGCCGGCGGCCGGAGCAUGGGACGGCGCGCCUGAAACGCGCCGGGGUGCGGCAGAGCCCUGGGACCCCGAGAGGAAAAGAGGAGAGAAAGGGGCGCGAGAGCCAAGGAGGAGGAUGCAACUGACUCGCUGCUGCUUCGUGUUCCUCGUGCAGGGCAGCCUCUAUCUGGUCAUCUGUGGCCAGGAUGACGGUCCCCCCGGCUCCGAGGACCCUGAGCAUGAUGACCCCGAGAGCCAGCCCCGGCCCCGGAUGCCUCGGAAGCGGGGCCACAUCCCACCGAAGUCCCGCCCCAUGACCAGCUCUACUCUCCUGGGGCUGCUGGCUCCACCUGGGGAGGCCUGGGGGUUCCUUGGGCAGCCCCCCAACCACCCGAAGCAUAGCCCCCCGCCGUCAGCCAAGGUGAAGAAAAUCUUUGGCUGGGGCGACUUCUACUCCAACAUCAAGACGGUCGCCCUGAACCUGCUUGUCACCGGGAAGAUCGUGGACCACGGGAACGGGACCUUCAGCGUCCACUUCCGACACAACGCCACGGGCCAGGGCAACAUCUCCAUCAGCCUGGUGCCCCCCAGUAAAGCCGUGGAGUUCCACCAGGAACAGCAGAUCUACAUCGAAGCCAAGGCCUCCAAAAUCUUCAACUGCCGAAUGGAGUGGGAGAAGGUGGAACGGGGUCGCCGGACCUCGCUCUGCACCCACGACCCAGCCAAGACCUGCUCCCGAGACCACGCUCAGAGCUCAGCCACCUGGAGCUGCUCGCAGCCCUUCAAAGUCGUCUGUGUCUACAUCGCCUUCUACAGCACGGACUACAGGCUGGUCCAGAAGGUGUGCCCAGAUUACAACUACCACAGCGAUGCUCCCUACUACCCCUCCGGCUGACUCUGGGCGGGCCACAGAGGCCAGGCCGGGGCUGGAAGGGCAGGCUGCCCACAGGCCUGGCCAUCUGUCUGGACACUGGGCAGGGAAGGGGAGGAGCCUCAGGCAGGGAGUGGGUGGA